AUGAGCACCUUCUCCCCUGUCAAGGUCACCGGCAUGCCCGGCUAUCAGCGCCAUUGGCUAAUCAUGGCCCUCUUCUUUGGUACCUCAUCUCUGGUCCAAUGGAGCAACUACACCAUGUUCAAACAGGAUGGCAUUACCUUCCUUGAGGGCACCAUCUUAUUCUGCACCUUCAUUUGCACUUUUCAGCCCAUUGUCGGUUCUUGGAGUGCCGUCAUCGGCCUGUUGGUGAUGGGUUUUGGCAAUGCAGAGAAUUCCGUCUAUCCUUACUUUGACGCCAAAGGACCCCUCCCAGAGCUCAUGUCUAAAACAGCCCUCGUUAUCUUCAUGCGCAAUGAGGACCCAAGCUCAAUAUUCAAUCGCGUCCUCGAGAUGCACAAGAGCUUAUCUCAGAUACGACGCCUUCAACACUUCAGGUUCGUCUUGUUGAGUGAUACGACCCUUCCGGAGGUGAUGUGCAUGGAAGAAGAAGGCUUCGCGCGCCUCAAAGACAAUAUCGGCGGCACAGGCACUUAUCAAAUCCCCUUUUACCGCCGCCGCAGUAACAACAUUGGCUACAAGGGUGGGAACAUGUAUGACUACGCCGAGAAUCACAGCAAAGCCGACGAUUUCUUUGUCCCACUCGAUUCGGAUAGCGUCAUGUCUGGAGACGUGCUGGUUCGUAUAGUAUCCAGCAUGGAGAAGUGCCCUCAGAUCGGCAUACUCCAGACUGCGUUGACUGGCACGCCAGCAGUGAGUGCUUUUGCACGUCUCAUGCAAUUCGGCAACCGCUAUUAUCUCCCCGUCAACUGCCUCGGUCUCAGCUGGUGGUCCAACGACUGUGCGCUUUUCUGGGGUCAUAACGCAAUCAUUCGCACCGCCGCUUUCCGGGACCAUUGCAAGCUGCCGGUCCUCUCCGGAGACCCGCCCCGUGGAGGUCAUAUUAUGAGCCACGAUAUCGUGGAGGCCAUGUUCAUGCAACGCGCUGGCUACGAGUGCCGACUACUGCCUAUUCCAACCGAGAGCUACGAAGCUUUUCCGCCGACUUUGAUUGAAGCCAUGAAUAGGCAUAAUCGAUGGUCUCAGGGAGACAUGCAGUAUAUCUUCCUACUCAAGGAGCCAGGGCUCAGUCUCAUUAAUCGCUUCCAGGUGUGUCGGAUUCUUGCCAAGUGUCUGAGCCCAAUGGCUUGGUUUAUCAUGACUUUAGCUUUCAAUAUCAGAUUGCGAGGAAGAAGCCCUGGUACAUCCGGAGUUGGCGUCACUGUUUUCUCGCAAUGGCUCUUUUUUAAACUCUUGCCCAAGACUGCCGCUCUCCUCACUGUUGUUGCCAAUCCAUCCGAAAUCAGGCGUUAUGGUGGCAUCUCCCGCUUUGUGACCUCCGUCGUCCUAGAGUAUGCCAUCACGUCAAUUAUCUCAACAGCGGUUACCAUCAGCACGACCUGGUUUCUCUGUGGCUUGCUUCGGGGCAUAUCUAUCAAAUGGGACGCCCAAAAUCGCGAUCGCCUUGGCCUUAGCUGGCGUCAUACUUUUCAAGUCUUUUGGAUAGAGAACCUAAUCGGCCUCGGAGUUAUCUGGCUUAUGGUCACCCAAGAUACAUCACAUAGGCUUCUUUCCUUGACUAUCAGCCUCUUUUUCCUCGUUCCAAUUACAGUUCUUACUGCGUCGCCGCGUCUGAGUUAUCUUAUUACCCGCCUGCGCCUAUUCACAACCCCCGAUGAGAAUCCAGUAUCGCCAGUGCUGUCCCGACUAGUAGCACCAGGAAUCGCUACUAAAUAUAUAGAUAAAGGAAAGAUAAUAGGGAAAGCUAUAUAA